CUUCCAGCGUUCUUGGGAAUCUUUGGAGCAAGUUCACUGACAACAGGACAUCAGCCUGAGUCAACCGUCGUCGCUGUCAUGGCAUUUCUCUGCAGAAGCGCAGCUUUACUCCUGAAACCCUCCAGAUCUGCACCUGCUGUUCUGUCUGCCGCCCGCCUCUACAGCUCAGGGGGUCAGUACGAGUAUAUUUUGGUGGAGAAGCGAGGUGAGAAGAGUAAUGUGGGUUUCAUCCAGCUGAACCGGCCGAAGGCUCUCAACGCGCUGUGUGACGGGCUGAUGAGGGAGGUGGGUACGGCUCUGGACGCCUUUGAAGCUGACAGCGAUGUCGGAGCGAUCGUCAUCACCGGCAGUGACAGAGCGUUUGCUGCCGGAGCAGACAUCAAGGAGAUGCAGAAUCGAACCUUCCAGGAGUGUUACGGUGGAAACUUCCUUGCUCACUGGAACAGAGUGUCCACGGUGAAGAAGCCUGUGAUUGCAGCUGUCAAUGGAUUUGCUCUGGGUGGAGGCUGUGAGCUGGCAAUGAUGUGUGACAUCAUCUAUGCCGGAGAGAAGGCGCAGUUCGGCCAACCAGAGAUCCUGCUGGGAACCAUUCCUGGAGCGGGCGGCACCCAGAGGCUGACACGUGCUGUGGGAAAGUCUCUGGCUAUGGAGCUGGUGCUCACCGGAGACAAGAUUGGUGCUCAAGAAGCAAAGCAGUCAGGUUUGGUGAGUAAGAUUUGUCCAGUGGACCAGCUGGUGUCUGAAGCUGUUAAAUGUGGAGAGAAAAUAGCUGCAAACUCCAAACUGGUCUCUGCUAUGGCUAAAGAGGCUGUGAAUGCUGCUUAUGAACUGACUUUAGCUGAAGGUAACCGUUUGGAAAAGCGUUUAUUCCACGCCACCUUUGCUACGGACGAUCGUAAAGAAGGCAUGACAGCAUUUGUGGAGAAGAGAAAGGCCAGUUUCCAGGACAAGUAGAGAAAGCACAUCAAAAGCUCUGCCAAGAACACAACGACGCUGAAAUCAAUGGGUCAUUUCCUUAUCUGCAAUAUGUUGAAUGAUGCUGAGAUUCCUGAUUGUAGUGGAACAUACAAGCUGUUAAAAUAGGAUUUGACACUGAGUGAGUGCACAAGAGUGUCUUAUCACAGCGAAGCCCCGCCUGCAUAGCCUGUGUUUUUCAAAUGAAAUGCAGUGAAGGUGCCAGAGUGGACGAGGGUUGUGUGUGAAAACUUUUGAUAACUGUGUUAUAGUCAGUGGGUUGGAAAUCAUUAACAAUGACUUUUACUGACUUUGCCUUUUCAGUUUCACUCUUAAAUGUUUGCCUGCAUUUUUGUAGACAACUCAUUUCUGUGUACAUUUUACAAAUAAAGCCCCAGAGUGGUUUUCAGUCAUGUAACUGUGACAUGAACAAAAUGAGAA